AUAAAACAAACAGCAGGCUCCAUAUUUGCGCUAUAAUGACCCAAAAUAGCGUAUUAUUGCUUUUCUUGGAUAUAUUUGCCUGAAAUAAGGUGAACCAGAAAUGCAACAAAAGCAAUCAGCCUUUUAGUUUUUGCAUGUAUCACAUGCAUGUAACAAAUUAAAUUAAUAAAUCUUUUUGAAUGUAUUCAUUUGGCUUGGUUGUGGCGUGCAGGGCGUCCCUGUAUCACAGUACUAUAAUGAGAGUAAUGCAUGCAUGGAGAAAAGGCACGCUGUGCGUCAUUGCGUCACAUGACGUACACGGAACUCUAGCCACGUCGUCAAUGCAAGGAAGGAGGAACCGGAGAAACAGGAAGACAGAUUCAUUGAAUGCACUACACUGCUGAAGACCCAGAAAACAAAACAUGAUGGCCCAAUUUCAGGAGGCAGUGUCAAAGCAGUCCGGUCUGCACCCCAAACCUGCAGGAUUGGUUUUGCAGUAUGGCACCGCUGGUUUCAGGACUAAUGCCAAACAGCUGGACCACAUUAUGUUCAGGAUGGGACUGCUGGCUGCCCUCCGCUCCAAGAAGACCAAAGCCACCAUCGGAGUCAUGGUCACCGCAUCACAUAACCCUGAGGAGGACAACGGGGUGAAGCUGAUUGACCCCAUGGGGGAGAUGGUGACGCCGACAUGGGAGGGUUAUGCCACCCAGCUGGCCAACGCUGAGCAGGCAGAUUUGCUCACUGCUCUGAAGGACGUUAUCGAGAAGGAGGCCAUAAACAUGAGCCAGGAAGCUCAUGUGUUUGUGGGCAAAGAUACCAGAAGCAGCAGUGCCAGCCUUUCACAGGCAGUAUUGGAUGGAGUAUCUGCACUCGGUGGCCACAGCAAAGACUAUGGUUUGGUGACCACCCCACAGCUCCACUUCAUGGUUUGCUGUCAGAACACGCAGGGUAAAUACGGAGAAGCCACAGUGGAAGGAUACUAUAAGAAACUCUGCCAAGCUUUCAUUCAGCUCACAAAGAAUGCGUCCAAUUGCACAGACGACCAGAAGCACCUCUCUGUGGAUGGCGCCAAUGGUAUCGGGGCUCUAAAGGUGCGUGAGAUGGAGAGUCACCUGAAGAAGGAGCUGCAUAUAUCGCUGUUCAAUGACGGCAGUAAAGGAAAGCUCAACCACCAGUGCGGGGCAGACUUUGUCAAAGUGCAGCAAAAACCUCCAACAGGCAUGGAGAUGAGCCCAGGGGAGCGCUGCUGUUCCUUUGAUGGUGACGCUGAUCGAAUCGUUUACUACUACGCCGACUCUGAAGGACACUUUCACCUGCUGGAUGGAGAUAAAAUCGCUACUCUCAUCAGCACUUUCCUUAAAGAGCUGCUCACACAGGCUGGUCUUGACUUAAAGAUAGCAGUGGUGCAAACCGCUUACGCUAACGGAAGCUCAACAAACUAUUUAGAAGACACUAUGAAGGUGAUUGUGAGGUGUACUAAAACUGGAGUGAAGCACCUUCAUCAUGCAGCCCAGGAGUUUGAUAUUGGCGUGUACUUUGAGGCCAACGGUCAUGGAACAGUGCUGUUCAGUGCCGCAGCAGAAGAGAAGGUCCAGCAGCUCGCUGAGGACUCCGGCAUCAACGACGAGAGGAAGAGAGCAGCUCUCCUUCUGCAGAACACCAUCAACCUCAUCAACCAGACUGUAGGUGAUGCUAUUUCUGACAUGCUGUUGAUCGAAGCCAUUUUAGCCAUCAAGGGUAUGACUGUGCAGCUUUGGGACGCCAUCUACAGUGACCUACCAAACAGACAGCUCAAAGUCAAGGUGUCAGACCGCAGGGUGAUCGACACAACAGACGCAGAGAGAAAGGCAGUGAGCCCAGCAGGACUGCAGGAGGCCAUCGACAGCUUAGUGAAGAAGUACAAACAGGCCCGCUCCUUCGUGAGACCCUCCGGCACCGAGGAUGUAGUGAGAGUUUACUCCGAGGCAGAAACACAGGAGAGCGCUGAUGCCCUGGCACAUGAAGUCAGCCUUGCUGUUUAUCGUCUCGCUGGGGGAGUGGGGGGCGAACCCAAACCACUGCAAUAGAUACGCACAAUCACAAAACACUAACUAAUCAAUCGGUGCUUUUUGAAUGCAAUCUCAGAUGACGACAUCAUACUCUAAUGUUGCUAUUUAUCAAUUUGCUUCCUUUCAAUGAGGUGCCAGAUUAUUUUGUACUGUUACUUGCACUUGGUACUUUACUCACAUUUUCUACUUCUUUGUUAUUGUCUGUCAUUGUGAAGAUAUGGGACACGGAGGGAGACAAUGAAGGGAUUUUAUGCUACUUUAAGUAUUUCUAAUCAUGGCUUCUUAUUAUUUCUCCAACAGGCUGCAAUGUCCCUGUAAAUUAUGGGUUUCUAUGUAGUCUAAAUUGGCUGAUUUACUGUAUAUAUGCCAUGAUUAAAACAUCAAGUCUUCACACAAAUGAAGAAGGUUUUAAUGGUUUCAAUUAACUUUUCACCUAACUUCCUACUAAUGGAAUCUGUUACUAGAUGUAAUUUCUUUGCUUUAUGAAACAGUGAAAUCACAAGUUUACAUGAGGGGAGUUGUAGAAGUUGUUCUUCCCGUGAAUGUCUUUUGGAAAACCUUUGCUGCUUUGGUUUAAAUAAAUAAUGGAAAUGA